CAAAAACGUGCUGAUUAUAAUAAUUCAUUUUAUUAAAAUCUAAAGCUAUCAAGACAUCAUCAUGUAUCUUAUGUAUUACCUCAAUGAAAAAGGUGAAAGGAUGUACACAUUAAAGAAAAAGAAUCCAGAAAAUCUUCCGACUGUAACAGCACAUCCAGCUCGAUUCUCACCAGAAGAUAAAUAUUCUCGACAUAGACUGAUUAUCAAGAAAAGAUUUGGAUUAUUGCUAACACAACAAAAGCCAGCUGUUUAUUAAGUUUAUGGACAGAGAAAGAAGAAUACCACAUAAAUUAGCGUUAAAUGCAUUUGAAAUAAUUUUUUAUCAAUACAGAUAUUUUUAAGAAUUCACAGUUUUUCAAUAAAGUAUGAUUUAAAGAAUUUUGAA